CAUCUACAAAUGCACAUCUGCUAACGCGCAGGCUACUCAUUUCACUGCUGCACUCGUACUUUAUACCCAUAUAGACGCGGAGUCCGGCCCCGGAAACAGGUAUCCAUUUCGUUUUGUUCUGUCUUCACUGUGGUUCCUUCGCCGCGUGAACAGCUUACGUGGCGCUUGGUUGCCUCUCUUCCAUUCAUAAUCAUUUCCACGCUCUUCUACGCUAUAUUCACCCCCAGCGGUCUCUCCAUCUUCGUCUCUCGGAUCUGAAACGUUUAUAUUACCACGGUCACGGUUUGCCUCUAGCAAUCAACCCGUCAACCUGGUCCCUGCCAGCAACUUCAACCACAGACGGAACUCUUCAAAGAAUAUUCAUCAGACGGUUUUGACGCCACGAGAGAGGCACCAUGAGGGAAAUCGACUCGCAUUUCGAUGCGUACGAGCAUCUAAAACAUCUACCGCGCGAGGGCGAGGCGCUGCACAUGCUUCGCAAGGCUGCGUCAAUGGUAAAACCCAUGAUGAGGAAGCGCGGAUGGAAAGUCGGCACUCUUGCGGAAUUCCUCCCAGACGAACCUCAGUUGCUGGGCCUCAACAUCAAUAGAACGGAGAGGAUCCUCAUCCGGUUGCGCUAUCAUCAUGACUCAAGACAGUUCUUGCCCAUGGAGCAGGUCACAGAUACCUUGUUACAUGAGCUCUCGCAUAUUGUGUGGGGUCCACAUGACCACAACUUCAACAACCUUUGGAACGAGCUUCGCGAUGAACAUCAGUCUCUCAUUGCCAAAGGAUACACAGGCGAGGGCUUCCUGUCACAAGGCCACAAGCUUGGUGGCAAGCGCAUACCGCUGGAUGAAAUGAGACGACAGGCCCGCUUAGCUGCCGAGAAGCGGAGAGCCACGACAAAUCGCAAUGCGGGUGGUCAUCGGUUAGGAGGUCAAGCGGUUGCCCGGGGUAUAGACAUGAGGAAGGUGAUUGCCGACGCUGCGACGAGGAGAAACAGCAUCACAGAAGGAUGCGCGAGCGGGAGCUCAGAAGCCGGAAAGCUCUUGAACCAACAGUCGCAAGGAGGCUUCAGGACGAACGCGACAGAGGACGAUGCAAAUGACCUAGCUAUCGCGCAAGCACUCCAGGAGCUCAUGGAAGAGGAGGAAAUGCAGAAGUUGGAGCAGUUAUGCGCUCCGAGUGGAGGAGGCGGCUUGGCAUGGGAUCGCGAAAACGGCCUCCAGUUCGACAACGAUCCACCAUCCCGGAAAUCCUCACCAGCGCCAAACGCCUACACACCAAAACCCGCGCCCUCGUCAUCUCAGACUCCUUCUUCGAACUCACAGGGACGCCCGCUCUCCCGCCUCAUCACCGAGAACUCGAAUUCGCGCCCGAAAUCCAUAAUACGCCCCGUCCGUAACCCGUCUCGCCUCAUCUCCGAAGAAGAAGAGGCCGUCCGCAGCCGCCCGUUACCCGCUGCACCGGUAUCUCCACCUCUGCCAUCUCCGCCUUCGCUUAGCGUGCCUACAGACCCUGACAAGUGGGCAUGCCCGCAAUGCACGCUACACAACCCCCUAGAAUUCCUCUCCUGCGAAGCGUGCGGCCUCGAGCAACCACCGCAACCGAUUCCGCAAAACAAGCGCUACGGUCCCUCGCAUCAUCCGGCUAGCUUACCGAAACCGCCCCCUGCAUCAGGGCUACGGGGCCCCGGGGCUACCCCGUUCGAGCCAGCACGAGGACGGCUGGGUUGGAAUUGCUUGAAUUGCGGGACGUUUAUGGAGAAUCAGUGGUGGACGUGUUCGCUUUGUGGGACCAUGAAGGCGGAUUCGUAACAGGACCGGAAGACCAGGAUUGACGACGGUUUGGAUGGAAGGAUACCGGCCGUGUGAAUGAGUACAACAUGUGACAACGCUUUUCACUUCUGUAUAAAUGAUACCAGGCGGAGGAAUAGGACGGGCUUCUUGCUUGCAUUCUCCAGAGUCGGGAGUUGGGAUGAAGGGCGCAUGGCAUCUAUAGACGAACGAGCGAGCAAUCGAAUAUACGAGUCAAUCCGCACAUAUCACUAGUGUACAUAUUUAUGGAUG